UUAUUUAAUUUAACUUGUGCCUAAAUUUCACUCCCCCUUUUUUCUCAAUACACACACACAACACACACAAAACCCUUUUUCCUUUUCCCAUCCUCUUCAUAUCCACACCAUAUUAUUCUCUCAUAUAUACACACACAUGCUUUAUUUCUGAAUAUCUCUCCCAAAGAGUGAGUAAUAACUGAGAGAAAAAAUACAAUCAAAGAGAAUAAUAUUAAUAAUAAUAAUAUGUGUGACUCGGGCGACCUGGUCCUCACCACCGACCCGAAACCCCGGCUGAGGUGGACAGCCGAGCUACACCAACGCUUUGUAGAUGCCGUUAACCACCUCGGAGGCCCAGACAAGGCGACGCCGAAAACUAUCAUGAAUGUUAUGGAAGUGAAGGGCCUCACGCUCUACCAUCUCAAGAGCCACCUUCAGAAAUUUCGGCUUGGAAAGCAGCCGCACAAGGAUUUCCAUAACCAUUCGAUGAAAGAUGGUGAGAUAGCUGUGUCUUAUGAGCUCCAACGAAAGAAUCAAUCGGCACCUGGAUUGCUCGGCCCUAGCAUGAACGAGAUACAAAUGGAGGUCAACCGGAGGCUCCAUGAGCAACUUGAGGUCCAAAGACACCUCCAACUGAAAAUUGAAGCCCACGGUAAAUACAUGCAAACAAUCCUCAAGAAGGCCUGCCAAACACUCUCCAACAAUAACAUGACUGUCGGUUUCAACAACGCCCACAGUCUCGGGCCCGGGCCUGGGCCCGACAUCUUGGUCAUGAACCGAGAAUCUGGGCCGUCCGUGAAUUUUCCAUCUCUUCAAGACCCCAAUAAUAAUAAUAAUAAUAAUAAUUUCUUUACCAAGAAAAGGCCCAGGCCAUACACCAACAGCACUAAUUGUGGAAUGGGCAGAAGCCCAUCAUUCAUCUGGUCCGAUGAUCUGAGGAUGCAAGACUCGCUGGCGGGAGAUUCGUGCUCAGACGACCACAAAAUCCAAAUUGGGCCUUUAUCAGUCGACUUAAGGCCCAAUGAUCAUAUUGGUGGGCCUAUAACUUUGUUGGGAGAUAAUUUGAUUGGGGAGAAUAAGAAGUUUGAUGUUUCGCCAUUUCAGACGGCCAUUAGCGCCGGUGGUAUGCCGCAAGGGAGGAGCUCGGCUUUUGGGUGA